CUCCCCCCGCGCCCGCCGCGCGUCGGCGAGGGUCCGGCCCCGGAGGCCCCGCGCCAUGGGCUGCAUCGGCUCCCGGACCGUGGGGAAUGAGGUGAUUGCCGUGGACUGGAAGGGCCUGAAGGAUGUCGACCAAAUCAACAUGGACAGCACCAGCUCGUUGCACGGAAGCAGCCUCCACCGGCCAUCCACGGAGCAAACCCGAACCGAUUUCUCCUGGGAUGGCAUCAAUCUCUCCAUGGAGGACACCACUUCCAUUCUUCCGAAGCUUAAGAGAAACUCGAAUGCCUAUGGCAUUGGGGCCCUGGCCAAGUCUUCAUUCUCAGGGAUUUCGAGAAGCAUGAAGGACCAUGUGACGAAGCCCACAGCCAUGGGGCAAGGCCGGGUGGCCCACAUGAUUGAGUGGCAGGGCUGGGGGAAGGCACCCGCCAUUCAGCCGCAACACAGCCACGAGGCCGUGCGCAGGGAUACCGAUGCCUACUCCGACCUCAGCGAUGGCGAGAAGGAGGCACGUUUCCUCGCAGGCGUCAUGGAACAGUUUGCCAUCUCCGAGGCCACGCUCAUGGCCUGGUCCUCCAUGGAUGGUGAGGACAUGAGUGUCAACUCUGCACAGGAGCCAUUGGGCUGCAACUACAGUGACAACUACCAGGAGUUGAUGGAGAGUCAAGAUGCCCUCACUCAAGCCCCCAUGGAUGGAUGGCCUCACUCCUAUGUGUCCCAGGGCAUGUACUGUCUGGGGUCAUCAGAUGCCUGGGAAGCAAGCGACCAAUCCCUCAUUGCCUCUCCGGCCACAGGCUCCUAUCUUGGCCCUGCGUUUGAUGACUCACAGCCAAGCUUGCAUGAGAUGGGGCCUGCCCAGCCUGCAUCAGGAUACUCUGCUCAGGAGCCUCCACCUUUGCUGGGGGGAGACACCGACUGGGCUCCAGGGGUGGGCAGGGUGGACCUGGUAAGAGGCCCGGCAGAGGAGGAGAAGAGGCCGUUGGCCCCCGAGGAGGAAGAGGAUGCGGGAUGCCGGGACCUGGAGUCUCUUUCCCCACGAGAAGACGCCGAGAUGGCCACUGCUCUCAGCCGGAAGGUGUCUGAUGUCACAUCCUCAGCAGUGCAGCUGCAACCCGAGCAGAAGACGGCGAGGGGCCCAGGAGCUGCCAGUCCUCGCCAGGAAAAUGGAGGGCCAGGAUGGGACUCUGUCCAGGCUUAUGCCGUAGAAACCACAGGUCCGGGGACUGAGGCCCAGGCGACCAGAUGGCUGUGAGCUUGGCUUGGCCGCGGGCUUCUGUGUCUGUGACGCUGGAGCUCCAGUUUGUAUCCUGGGCGCAGGAGCGCAGAGCGGCCCGUGGCCAUCGACUAGGUCCCAGAUUUUCACGGCCUGAUUUCGUCUUCCAGGAGCCCUGACCGUGGCUGUCUGAAUGCCUCCCUUCUCCAUUCACCCUUGCUUUUCCCGACUCUGUGUUUUCUCUGGCUGUGGUCCCAGCUUGACCCUGCUGUGAAGAGCAGACCUCAGGGGCUGUUGGACGUGGCUCAACGAGGGGAGGGGAAGCCACGUCUCCUCACAGGAUGGAGAGCCUGCCCUCAGAGGGUAGCUCGGCUCCUGAGAUCAGGAGUCAGGGGGCAGGUGGACAUGACAGCCGGGGUGCACAGGGGCACAAGCAGGAGUCUUUAUACAAGGUCCACCAUGACACCAGAGAGUCACUGAUGGGACCAGGAACACACAUGGCCACCUGUCCUGGGAUCUUGAAUAUCCCGUGACUGAAAGGUGGGUCCUAAGGGUCUGGGGAAGGACCCAGCGGGCUGGCUGCUCCAGCUCUUGCUUCCUUUGUCUGCCUUCUACCAUCCCCUGCUCCAGGAGCUCCCGCCCAGAGCGGGUGACACAGAAUGCAGGUGGCCUGCCGGGCUGGGAAGCAUGAGGACUGUGCCUCCCUCCAUCCACCCCCAAAUUCUCUGGAGCUGUUUACACUUUUCUCUUUGCCUUUUCUACAUUUUUAUAACUUCUUGGGGACUCAGGUUGAGUGGGGUGGAGGGAGGAGUCUGGUGCUGUGAGGCCCCCGCCCGGGGGGCACUCAGCCCGUUUUCUCCUCCUUCAGCUGCUCCCCGGCCCCUUCCCGGGCCUCCUGCGGAGAGGGGAGCGGAGUCUCCUUCCUUCUAGGCUGGGUUUACAGUGAGGCGUAAGCCCCUGAAACUGCUUGCCGUCCCACACCCGGUUUCCAUUCGGGUGGGGACCUCUGUGUGCGGCACACAAAGCCCCCACACCUCUGUAAGCUACCCUGACGGCAGGGCCGGGCCGGGUGGAGGAGUGGCGGCUGUGGAGCACUCGGCGGGGCCCUGCCCCCUGGCUCCUGGCCCGCGGAGAAUAUGGACAGGGGGGAGACGCUGAGAGGUCCAUUGCCUGCGUCCCCUCUUGCCUCAUCUAAGGCUCCGGGUUCAAGGCCUCGUGUUCUACCCAGACUUUGUCAGGGGUCCUGUUGCUUCUGUCCUCUGUGGGGAAGGGAGCACGUCAUCUCUCUCAGACCCUGGGCACAAAC